UCGUAACCACGCGAUGUAAACGCACCAAGAGGCUGUGAGGUUGAGACACGAUGGUUUAUGAACCUGUACGAGCCUCAAGUCCGCGACAAAUCAACCUCGUUUUUAAGGAAAAACGUGUUUUAUUCGCGAUGUCGUCGAGAAGGACUACACUACCCACAAUCCCUUGAGUGCAAGACAUCGACGUCUCUGAUUGGUGGAGCUCGUUGACACCGGUGAGGAAAUGUUUAUUCACUUCACCCGCGAACUUUUCUGCUGCUGCGUUCCGGUAUAACUCGGAACUCGGAACUCGGAGCUCAGGAAGUCGGGUUUAUCGUUCCGGUAUAACUCGGAACUCGGAACUCUGAGCUCAGGAAGUCGGGUUUAUCGUUCCGGUAUAACUCGGAACUCGGAACUCGGAGCUCAGGAAGUCGGGUUUAUCGUUCCGGUAAAACUCGGAGCUCGGAAUUACCAAAUCCCGAGUCGGAAUUUGCAACUGGAACUCCGCUCCGAGUCGGAAUUCCCGACUAGCGGGAGGUGGAGAAAAAGACACACCACUUCCGGGUUCGGAGAUCCGAGGUCCCUUCACUCAAAAAUCAAAUCAGUUUCCUGUGCCGUCUCUGGGUGGUUGUCAUCGUCCCCCCCUCACCUUCAGCUGCAGCUGGUUCCGGGUCUCCUGCUGUGGGGAGGUUCACCUGCAGAGGAACCUCCCCCUCGGCCGGCCGCAGCUAUUGGACGUCUCCCCUCCGCCGGUGAAUCAUUAACCUGGUCAGUGCGACUCUGCACCACAGAGCGGAACAGGUGAAGGUCACUGUUCCGGUGGAAGGAGCCUCGGAGGGAAACAACACAUCAUGUCACACAGAAAGUGGAUGUCACACACUGAUGAUUGACGCCUGCAGCAGCAGCAGCAGCAGCAGCAGCAGCAGCAGCUCGGUGAAGAUCCUGAUUAAAUCAUCUCCAGGGAGGGGGAGUUGACCUUUAACCUCCUGCGUGUGAUUUGCAAACACUCGUCCACUCGUCCACAUCUGUACGUUAGUGGAUCCAGAGGCAAAGUUCACCGUCACAUGCAGCAGCAGAGUCAGUCGGUUUCUGACAGACUUCGUAUUUUUCAUCAGAUUUUUGUGUCUAACGAUCUGCGAUCAUGGCCACGGCGAGUUAUGGAUACUACAGGGGAACUAUAUUUCUGGCCAUGUUCGUGGGCUACACGUUGUACUACUUCAACAGGAAGACCUUCUCCUUCGUCAUGCCCUCGCUCAUGCAAGAGAUCGAGCUGGACAAGGACGACCUGGGCCUGAUCACCAGCAGCCAGUCUCUGGCCUACGCCAUCAGUAAGUUCAUCAGCGGCGUGCUCUCCGACCAGAUCAGCGCCCGCUGGCUCUUCUCCAUCGGCCUGUUCGCGGUCGGCGGCAUCAACGUGCUUUUCUCCUGGUCGUCCACCGUCGCCGUCUUCUCCGCCCUGUGGUUCCUCAACGGCCUCGGCCAGGGCCUGGGCUGGCCGCCCUGCGGCCGCGUGCUGCGCAAGUGGUUCGAGCCCUCCCAGUUCGGGACGUGGUGGGCCGUCCUCUCCUGCAGCAUGAACCUGGCCGGCAGCCUGGGACCGCUCCUCGCCACGGUGCUGGCCCAGAGCUACAGCUGGAGGAGCAUUCUGUCGGUGUCGGGGUCGGUGUGCGUGGUGGCCUCCUUCGCCUGCCUGCUGCUCAUCAAGAACGAGCCCAGGGACGUGGGGCUGCCCAACGUGGAGGCCGCGGCCAAGAAGACCAAAGGAGGCUCCUCCCCUGACGAAAGCACCCUGUCCGAGUUCCUGCUGUCGCCGUACCUGUGGCUGCUGUCCGUGUCCUACCUGGUGGUGUUCGGGGUGAAGACGGCCUGCACCGACUGGGCCCAGCUGUUCCUCAUUCAGGACAAGGGCCAGUCCGCGCUCAUGGGCAGCUCCUACAUGAGCGCCCUGGAGGUGGGAGGCCUGUGCGGCAGCCUCGCCGCAGGUUACCUCUCGGACCGGGCCGUGGCCAAACAAGGUAUGAGAACACACGGCAACCCCCGCCACUUCAUCCUGAUCUGCAUGAUGGCGGGAAUGUUCGUGUCCAUGUUCCUGUUCAGAGUCACGGUCGCUCCCGACAGCUCCAAGGUGUGGAUCCUCGUCCUCGGUGCCGCUUUCGGUUUCUCCUCUUACGGACCGAUCGCGUUGUUCGGAGUCAUAGCCAAUGAGAGCGCCCCGUCCAACUACUGUGGGACGUCGCACGCCAUCGUCGCCUUGAUGGCCAACAUCGGCGGCUUCCUGUCCGGUCUGCCGUUCAGCACCAUCGCCAAGCACCACGGCUGGGAAACGGCCUUCUGGGUAGCGGAGGUUGUCUGCGGCGUCGCCGCCGUCGGAUACUUCCUGCUGCGCAACAUCCGCACCAAGAUGGGACACAUGACCAAGAAGGCCGACUGAAACAGAAAGUCAUACCUCGUCCUCCAGACGAAACACAAUAUUUUGAGACAUCGUUUGAAUUUUGAUAGUUUUUUCUUACUUGAUUUUUUUACUGUAUUUUUACACGACAGGUGUAAAUGAAGCUCAUGGAAGUUGAGGAUAUUUUUUUUUGCAAGGUGCUUCUUGACAUAGUGUUUACAAACUGCAUCAAGUGAAAAUAAUUGACUAAACAUUGUUUGUUGUGGAACGGAACGGGCAAAAACACGAGAGAAAAGUUCUCUGACGUGAUACAGUGACCAGAGGACAGAAAAAUUAUACUUUUGUGUUUUCAAAAACAUUUAAAUUAUGAAUCAUGAAUGAAUUAUUAAGACCUAAACAUACUUAAUGAGUGUCUGUAUUAUGAGCACAGGUAAAGGAUUUAAUAAAUUUUGUUGCUACGCUUUUUUCCAAUCGUCAUUAGAGCUGCAACUAACGAUUAUUUUCAUUAUCGAUUUUUCUGUCGAUUAUUUUCUUGAUUAAUCGAUUUGUAGUUUGGUUCAUAAAAUGUCAUAAAAUCUUGAUCGUG